AUGUUGUCCUCGGGGAGAUUCCUUCCCCGUUUGCCAUGGACUCGUAGUGCCUCCAUGGUGGCGCGGCAUUUUGCUAAGCGAAAGUCAUUGUACCCAUUUAUGGCAAAGCCAGCCACAGUCUUUGACUUCGGUCUUUCUCCGGACGACGAGCAGCGAGCUGCCGAAUUGCACAAGACAAUUCAGGUCUACGAUGGUCUGAUUGAGUGCACCUGGUAUCCAGGUAUUGUGGAGAAUAUCUUAGCAGGGGGACCGCAGGUUGGAGGCAGUCUUUCUCUUGGAAAUGCCGGUCUUGAGCGAUUUCUGGGUGAGAAGGAGCACAUGGAUGCGGUGCCUGAGAAGUUUUGGACCUACGAAACAUUGGUACGGGACCUGGCCUAUAUCCGGGCUGCGUGCCAUGAAAGCGCCGGCAAAGUGCAUUUCUGUACAUCGGCUGCUGAACUGGAGGCGGCCUACUCAGUUGGCGCUGUAGCCUUGAGCGCAGAUGUGCAGAAUUCAAAUUUCAUUGGUUCUGACUUUGAUCGCUUGGAAACAGUGUACUGGCUCGGGCUGCGCCGGAUUCAGUUGACUUACAACGAUGCAAAUUCGGCCGGCUUUGGCUGUAUGGAAGAAUCUGACGGCGGCUUGACUAAGUGGGGCGAGCGGUUGGUGGGUGCCAUGAACGACUUGGGCAUGAUUGUGGACACUGGGCACUGCAAACCGCAGACUGUCAUUGACGCGGCCAAAGCAUCCAGAAAACCCAUGACCUGUUCACACGCUGGCUUAGUGUCCAUUUGCCCUGGGAAUCCCCGCACACAGACAGAGGAAGCGAUCAAGGAAGUGGCUAAGACGGGAGGUGUUUUUGGCUUAGUUGCUGCUCCUAUGGCCGUAAACAACAGUGACUGUUGCACAGUCGAUGACCUCGUGAACAACAUUGAUGCAGCUGUAAAGGUGAUUGGUGAAGACCAUGUGGGCUUUGGUUCUGAUUUUCUCAUAGCCGCUUCCAUGGAGGAGGUUUUACGCGCGCCGGAAUGGGAUGCAGAGAGGGCUGGAGCAGUGAACACCAGUGGAUUGGUGUGGCCCUUCUCAGAUGGUCACGUUGGCUUCGAAAACAACAGUGGGUACAGAAAUUUGACGCGUGGACUUGUUGCAAAAGGCUACUCCGAUGAGUCCAUCCGCAAGAUCAUGGGAGGCAAUUUUCUGCGAGUUUUCAAAGACGUCGUGGGUUGA